AUGGGAAACGCAAAUGGGAAGGGUCCGGUAGUGUUCACAGAUGCUGUGAAUUUGGACCAUUUCAAGCUGUUGCGCGUUGUUGGGAAGGGUGCGUUUGGGAAGGUCCGCAUCGUGGAGCGACGAGAUACCAAGCAGAGCUAUGCGCUCAAGUACAUCCGCAAAGACGACUGCGUGAAGGCAAGCGCAGUGCGCAACCUCAUACGCGAAAGACAGAUGCUGGAGGAGUUGGAGCAUCCUAUGAUCUGCAACCUACGAUAUGCAUUUCAGGACGAUGAGUACAUCUACAUGAUCCUUGACCUGAUGCUCGGCGGCGACCUCCGCUUCCACAUCCAACGCAAAACCUUCACCGAACCCGCCAUCCACUUCUGGCACGCCGAAAUCGCUCUCGCCCUAAAAUACCUCCACUCCCACGGUAUCGUCCACCGCGACAUCAAGCCCGACAACAUCCUCCUAGACGCUGAUGGCCAUGCGUGCCUGACCGAUUUCAAUGUUGCGGCGUAUGUUCCGAAGGAGGGCAAGUUGAGUUCGAGGAGUGGAACGGCGAUGUAUAUGGCGCCGGAGGUGUUCGAGAGGAGGGGGUAUGGGGUUGGGGUUGAUUGGUGGAGUUUGGGGGUUUGUUUGUAUGAGUGUGUUUACGGGAAGCGCCCGUUUACCGCGAAGACUGAGGAAGAACUAUCACACCAGAUCCGCUGCGAGGACCCAGAAUUCCCGCGAACAACGCCAACAGUAUCCGACGCCUGUACUUCCGCCAUCUCUGCCCUCCUCACAAAGGAUCCAGCGAAACGUCUCGGCGCAUCAUCCUUCUCCGCAUUCACCUCCCACCCUUUCUUCAAAGAUCUCGACUUUGCUUUGUUGGAGAAGAAGGAUGUGGAACCUAUCUACCAACCGCCUCGAGAGAAACAAAACUUUGACGGCGCCUAUGACCUGGAAGAACUACUACUGGAGGAUAAUCCACUAGACUCCGGCAGCCGACGAAGAACGCGGAAGAAGAAGGGGAGAGAAGGCGCGACCGACGCCGAGGUACGCGAAAUCGAGAUGUACGAGAUGAUGGAGCAAUACUUCGAGGUCUUCGAUUCCUCUGCUAUGGAGGCUCUGAGCCCGGGAACUACCGUUGCUUGUGCAGCGAGGUUGGAUAUGCCAGCACCUCCAUCACGACUGCGACCAGACUACGCAAACUCAUCCUACUCCUCAAGUCCCGGCUCCCACUCAACACGAGAUCGAUCGGGUGAGUCGCCUAUGCCCUCCUUACAAUCGAACAGCAUGAUUGCCGGUCAUGGGCAUAGUGGUAGUAUAUCCACCGUCACGCAAAGUCCUAAAUUGGGAUUCUUGGUACGGAAGAAAGCCGGGAAAGCGAGUCAGGAGGCGUUGGGGGAGAGGUAUAGGGAAAAGGGAGGGAAUGGACAGGGGCAGGAGAGGGGUGUGUUGGGGAGGGAGGGGGCGAGGGUUGCUGUGAAGUUGAGGUGA